CACUGAAGAGACAAACAAGAGGGGCAGACUUUCAUCAACCCAGCAUCUCUGUAAAGUGGGGUUUGAAGAGUCCGCGGCGGGAAAUGAACCCAGAGAGAAGAGUAAGUGAGAGCUCGUACCGAUCAGACAUCCUCUGACUCACUGACAGAUGAACAUGGAUGUAAAGAUCUGCUGUUUGGAGCUGAUCUGAAAGCCUGCGCGCGCUCGUGUGAGCGGAGUUGGCUUCCAGCGGUUGUGCCGGACAGCCUGUGGGUUCCAUCCGCGCCCAGCACGGACAGAGUUCCGCUCUGCUCGGAUAAAGAGGAACCGUUCCCGUCCCGUUUUCCUGCACCGCAUCAGACUUUUUAUUGUAUUAUUAUUUUAUUUAGACCAUCAGGAAAGAUCGUUUCCGUUUGUCUUUAAUGACAGCCGCGCGUCAGGAGCGCGCGGACAUUCAGAGGAGCGACUGCUGACAUCUGCACCACGACGCGCGCGGAUCUCCACAUCAACUUCCAAAGUAAAGCGCACAAGUUUUACGCCUGGAAUAUAUGAAUAGAUGACUGGCGCAGGACACAAGAAGACGCACACUUAAGACCUGCACGAUGUUCAGAAGGGGCUGUGGGCUGGAGUUCCUGCUGGUUCUCUGUGGGCUUGAGUUCUCCUGGUCCUGCCCCCAUCACUGCAUCUGCUACACGGCUCCCAGCACCGUCUCCUGCCAGGCACACAACUUCCUGUCAGUCCCUGACGGCAUUCCUCCCGACAGUGAACGCAUCUUCCUACAGAACAACAAAAUCCAUCGCUUACUUCCAGGCCACUUCAGUUCCAACACGGUUACCCUCUGGAUCUACUCCAACAACAUAACAUACAUCGACCCAUCCACCUUCCGUGGCUUCACGUUACUGGAGGAACUGGAUCUGGGCGACAACCGCCACCUGCGUUCCUUGGCUGAAGACACUUUUCAUGGACUGAUAAAGCUCAAUGCGCUUCACCUGUACCGCUGUGGUCUCAGUUCUCUCCCAGAUAACAUCUUCAGGGGAUUGAGGAAUCUGCAGUAUCUCUACUUGCAGGAUAAUCACCUAAAGAACCUGCAGGAUGAUACGUUCAUGGACCUCCACAACCUGAGCCACCUGUUCCUGCACGGAAACCGCCUCUGGAGUCUUAACCAGAACAGCUUCAGAGGCCUUCGAGCCUUGGACCGUUUGCUUCUGCACCAAAACCAGAUAGAAUGGGUCGACAAUCUCGCCUUCCAUGACCUGAAGAGUCUCACUACCCUUUACUUGUUCAACAACUCUCUGACAGAGCUGUCUGGACAGUGUCUGGACAUGCUCCCUGCCCUGGAAUACCUGCGUCUCAACGACAACCCCUGGUCAUGUGACUGCAAGGCGCUAUCCCUCUGGGAAUGGUUGAAACGUUUCCGGGGUUCAACGUCCUCCGUGGGGUGCCAGAUGCCUGAUUAUAUGGUUGGGAAGGACCUGAAGGAGCUGCGCAGAGAGGACUUCCCCAACUGUUCACCAACAGUUUCCAACUCAGAGUCCAGAGCUCAGACUAACAACCUAUCAGGCACAGUGAACCCCUCCAUGAAUCGAGGCGUAGCGGCGGGCUCCGGGGGCCAGACGAACAUAGCACACCCAUCGAGGCCCGGGCGCCCUCGGACCUGCACGAAGCCUCGCAACAGGGGCAGCAAGGAGAAAGGUGACAAUGAAGUGCACCACUCAAAAGAGGUCAUGGCCGACAAAGAGGAUUCCUCCCCAAACUUCACAGAGGGGGGGAAGCAUGACCACACAUCCCCAGACGGCACAGUGACACGGAGAAAGCACAAAUGCACUCCCCGGACCACUGUUCGCCCCCCCAGCGGGGUGCAGCAAGUCAACAAUAAUGCAGCGCCGUCCAAGUCCUUACUACAUUUCCGAGCCCUCAUUGUGGCCUUGAUAGCAACAAAUACUGAGUACAUUCUCCGCUGACCUUCAGAACGUCUCAACAAUACAAUUUUUUUUUUUCAAAAGCACACAGCAGCAGCCCUCAGACCUUCUACUGCUCCUGCACUGCAAGUCCAGAGUCUUUAAUGUAUGUGUGUGAGUGUGGUUAUACGUGUAAAUGUCGUAGAGAGCUUUACUGUUCGAGCUGAAAAAGAAAGCACAACAUCAGACAUUCACAUGAGAAGGGUUCAGAGAGACUGAGGCUGAUAAAUGCAGAUGAAUGCAGACUUAGCUUCCACUGCCAGUUCCACUAAAACUGCAUCUCAAUUGAUCUCCAACAUGUCUGUUUUUUUUAACGCUCAGCUGGAGCUCAGAUUACCAAAAGGGGUGAAAUGAGGGCAAAAGAAGGAGCGAUAAAGAGCAAGAGAAGCAAAACUUGUGUGCUUGAAGUUUGAAUUUGAGUCCGGAUUUGUAAGUUGCAAAAAGAGAGAGUUGGUAAAUCUGAAUCUCAUCGUUCGAUUUUUUUAUUUAUUUAUUUUUUUAAAAUGUUUCCAUUCUUCAGGUUUCAAGUCACUUUUGCAGCCCAGAAUGCAUACUUUUUUGUUCUACCUUUUGCUCGCACAAAGUUUAUUAUGACCUCAUUUGAAAUGUUUUUUUAACUUCCAAGAAUAAGCUGCUUCAUUUUCUGCAGACAACCAGGAUCCCCAUUUUCUAUCUUCAUCUGCUUUUAUACCGAAAGUGUUUCUCUGUGAGAGUUUAAGCUGUGAAUAUCGAGAAGUCUGUCUCUAUUUUUUAGUGAAACGUCGUUCAUUUCGUAAGACACAAAAACGGACCUAAAGAUGAAUUUCCCGCUGCAGGGCCCAAGUGGAGCUUUAGAGGUCAAGGGUCAACUGAGGGUUUCUCAGUUGUGAGGUGACAUGAGGAACUACUCCCUCCUCCAUGAGGACAUCCUCCAUUCAUCCCCGACAUGAGGAGCACAUUCUGAACUGCUGAACUUCAAAGACAUUUAAAAAAAUAAAGAAAAAUAAAGUGUGGAUACCUUAAGAGACUCAACGAUCAACAAACUAUUACAAAAACUCCGACUGGAGCACGGACAAGCAACGGUCUUGCAGAGUUAAGCCUCUUUAUCAACUGGUGCGAUUGUUCAUAGGAUACCGGGACAAGACAAUCGCUUGUGACGGGACGUCUCGCUGUACUUCUGGAGCUUUUGUGCCUCGCUCUAAUGUACUAAUACGAUGCCGUUUGUAUCAACAAUGUGAACUUUACCGCUAACAGGGGUGUUCCGAGGACAUCCUGCAGUGCUGAUAUUAAUCAUUUACAGUAAUACUAAGACAGCAAAUAUCAGUCACAUCAAUGACGAAAAACAGGGUUUUCUGCUCCUCCUAUAAGGAGGACCACUUCAGUUUUGAUUUUAUAUUUUCUGACGAGUUUAUUUUUCAUGUUGUUUUAUGAACCCUUUAUUUGUUAAAGCACAGUUCCUCAUUCCCCCCCAACAACAACAACAACUCUUGUUUUCCUUUGCCAUCAUCAAACUGUUCAGUAAGUUAUUGUCGAAGGACAACAGUAAAAAAUGUUUAUAAAGACAUUAAAAUCUAUAUCUUAUGUCUA